AUGUACCUUUACAGCAGCUUGGUUCUCUUCGCUUUCUUUGUUCUGUACGACACCCAGUUGGCUGUGGAGAAGAGGACCCAGGGAAAGAUGGACUUCGUUUGGCACUGUGUGACUCUGUUUCUGGAUGGGUUUCAUAUCUUCAAACUGAUCCUGAUUCUGUUAGCUAAUCGAAAGCCUAGUCUGACAAGUGCAUAA